CCAGUAUAUACAUAUAGAUGGCAAACACAAGCGACGUGUCUUUACUCCAGUAUGCCCGCUUCCAUGGCAUAGCUACUGACUACACAGAUCUUGACCCUCUUCAGCAUAUCGACGAUAUUUGCGAUAUCCCUCCCGAUUAUCUUCACCCACCACACGGGACUUCAUCGGUUAUUGAGCAAAUUAUCGCAUCCAGCCAGCAAGUUAUCGAGCAGACCCUACAUCUUGAAAAGCUAGAUAUUAGAAGAGAAAGCGUUCAGUUCCUAUCGUCAGUGCUUCGCGACAUUAAACGAGAUAAUAUCGAUGACUGCUGGGAUGAAGUCCUUCCUUCGUGGGAUCAAUAUGAUGAUCUGAAGUUAGAACCACCUCUCUUCAGCUCUGACAAUGAUUCAAAUCUGGUACUCCCAGUUGAGCCGCUUCGAUACUCUCGAGAAGAUAAUCUUUUCUGUUCACUUGAGGGACUUGCUAGCGACUACGAUAGCAAUAUCUUGAGCCCUUUGAUACAUGAGGCAGAUAUAAUUGAGAAAAGAGUUGGCAAUGAGAAGCUGGAUUGUUCUAAGGACGCAUUGCUUCUUAUUCAAGGUGCACGGCAGGCUGGGAAUCGUCCUCUGGACUUGGAUGACUUGCUGUGUCCCCUUGAAGACGUGGCUGAGGAAGAUCGGUUCCAUCUUCAGUCCCCGCCCCUUUUGCCUCUAGAUGACGACUGCUUUUCUUGCGAUAGCCCGCCACUGAGCUCAAGUGACCACCUCCUAUUGAGUCCCGUUCGCCAUGAUUCAGCUGAGGUACCAACCGACAUCGAUACCGUGCACUUUGAAGGCUGCUCUAGAACCGAAACUGUCCCAGGGAGUACGACUUCAAUACUAGAGAGUUUUAUCGAGAACCAGGUCUUCAAGGGAACAGACAGGCAACUGUCGCAUGAUCUACCUCUAAGUCGGCCGUCCCCCAACGAGCGAGGUCCACCUGAUGGAAUGUCCCCUGCGGAUGUAGACAUGAUUAAUGAAAAGGGAUUCACAUCCGAUUAUGAGCAAGUCAUCGUGGCUGUGACAAUACCCAGGAGCCCGAGCAGCAUUACUUCGCGAGUGACCUACACUGAGAUUACGGAUAACAUUGCAACAUCUGACUGUUUUCCGUACAAUAACUUUAUCGUCAAGGAUACUCCCUCUCGAACAAGCUACUCCCCAAUUCCAUCCGCAUAUAGCUCGUCUCAUCAGGAAGCAUACAUACAGGAUUUUCCAGACUGUCCAGCAGAGUCAAUAUCUGAGACUUCGGUACCAGAUUUAUACCUAAUCACCCCAACGAUAGAAGAUGAUCACUCAGUGGCCUCCUGUCUCCCUGAAGCUCUACCCCAGCUUUAUGACAAUAUUAGCCCAGGCAAUCCAUCACUGGUGCGGAAACGAAAGUUGGAUAACACUCUAGAGAAUAACAACAAGACUGACAGUGCGAAUCUUAACGCCAUGCCGCCCAUUGUGAAGGGAAAAGCACCUUCAAGACAACACCUGACCACGAGCCUUGGCUCCCUAUCGCGGUUUAUGGAAACCAGAGGGCAGGCUUCCAUACAAGAAGUAGCCACCCAGAGCCAUUAUUUCGUUAAGAAUAUGCCCACAGAAAUGCCUGGAAAGGAGCACGGUAUAUCGCAGCGUGCGAAGACGUCCGAUAACCACUCAACUGACACCCCAGCUCGCAGACAAUCUGAGAUUAUCUCCUUCAAUCAGUCAGCCAUCCCCUGUUGUCUGCCUCAGAAAAACGGACCCAUAAUACUCUCCAUGUCAACAUCACUUCUCAAAAGCCACCUACGCAUAGUCCAGUGCAUUGAAAGUAUGAAUCCUGCC